GCCUCUGGUGUGGCUGUCUCCGAUGGUGUCAUCAAGGUGUUCAAUGACAUGAAGGUGCGCAAAUCCUCGACACCGGAGGAGGUCAAGAAGCGCAAGAAGGCGGUGCUCUUCUGCCUGAGUGAGGACAAGAAGAACAUCAUCCUGGAGGAGGGCAAGGAGAUCCUGGUUGGGGAUGUGGGCCAGACUGUGGACGACCCCUACGCCACCUUUGUCAAGAUGCUGCCUGACAAGGACUGCCGCUACGCUCUGUACGACGCCACCUACGAGACCAAGGAGAGCAAGAAGGAGGACCUGGUGUUCAUCUUCUGGGCCCCCGAGUGUGCACCCCUUAAGAGCAAAAUGAUCUAUGCCAGCUCCAAGGAUGCCAUCAAGAAGAAGCUGACGGGAAUCAAACACGAAUUACAAGCAAACUGCUACGAGGAGGUUAAGGACCGCUGCACCCUGGCUGAGAAGCUGGGGGGCAGCGCCGCCGUCAUCUCCCUGGAGGGCAAGCCCUUGUGAGCCCCCUCCACCCCUGCCAGGAGUAUUCGGUAGCCCCAGACCUGCCUGGGGGGGCUGCAGGCUGCCCCCUUCCUGCCAGACCGGAGAGGCUGGGGGGACCCCAGCAGGGGGAGGGCAAUCCCUUCGCCCCAGUUGCCAAACAGCCCCCCCACCCCCUGGACCAACCCACCUCCCUCCUGACGGCUCUGGCCUUCCCAAAUGGCUUCUGAUCUUUGAUUCCUCUGUUGAAACAGACCAAGUCCCUCCCCCCACCCCCAGGAACCAUAGUUGGGGAAGGGGGCUGUAUUUUUUUUAACGACCAUUCCCCACCCCCCUUUUUCCAGGCUGCCAACUUCUAACUGCAAUAGUGAGUCUGUGCUUGUUCAUUUAGUACUGUGUGUAAGUGGAGAAUUAAGAUGACCCUCCCCGCUCCGGCUGCUCCCCCCUCCCCCCCUGGUCAUGGACAGCCACUUGUUUGGGCCUACAAGGAACCUUCAAUUAAAAAAAAAAGAAGACAAUAAAAAGGC